AUUCUUAGCUUGUUUGUUUGUGUGUGUGUGUGUGUGUGUGUGUGGAUGGGUGUGCGCGUUAAUAUGAGACAUACAUGCAGUCACUGUUCCACACAAAUUUGGGUGUUUGUAUGUCUGGCUAUGUUGGAUUAUUAUAGUCAGAGUUCAGGGAAAGCUGACUAAUAUAGGAAGUGGAGGAGACACUCUGUGUUUAUAUGUGGAUGCAAUGACUGUAGGCUUGGGCAGCACAGUCAUAGCACAAUCCCUGUACCACCCACACAAGUCUAUAUGCACACAAAGACAUCCUCAUAACAAUACACACACACACACACACACAUACAUACAUACACUAUGACGCCUUGCCUUCAUUAUCACUAUGGACAAACCAGCAGUAGAGACACUGUUGUCUUAUAUGAAAACAAUGGCGAUGUAAAUUAAGAUCUCAGCCAGUGCUUGCUGAUGUGGGAGUGAUAAGGCUGUGUUGCUCUGAGCUUCCCAUAUCAUCCAUCAUCCAGUUUACAAAGAAAAAGGAAAUGAUCCAAAUGAAUAUGUAACAUCAUUUUAAAGCUUUUUUUAAGCACACAUUAUCACAGAUAAUUUGACAUUAAUCUGUUUAUAUACAAUGCUUAAGAACAAACCUUAAGUACCCACCAAUACAAGAGAUAUGUAACAAAGAAGCAUCCAAAUUAUUACAAAGAACAGCAUUUUUUUUAUAAGUUUGAAUGACUGGUGUUGAUUUUACUUUCAGUGCUUUAUGUUUUGGUAUGAAAAAGGAAAUUAGUGCCUUUAAUACAUUUCCCACUUCAGUGUAAUCAGAUAGGAUUGCUUAUGCGCGUUCAAAGAAACUGAAUUAGAAAAAUGAAAAUAUAGCUAAUCAUGCUAAUGAAAAGCCAUAUUGCUUUAUUAGCAGCUUUGAGUCUCAUUUCAAUGAAGGAUAUUAGUCUUCUUAAGUCUAAAUUAAACUACUUCAUCUAUAUUUUUUACUCCUCACUUCAAAUACAAUAAAGAAUAUUAAGAUCAAUUCACUGGAGUGCUAUGUAAUGAAUAAGUUACUUUUAAUUUCACCAGUUUCACAAGGUGAUGCAUUCUAUGUGUUUGUGUCCCACCAAUAGUAAUAUAACAGACAUAUCAUUCACCAGUUUUAUUGUUAUUAAUCUCAGGCUAUCCAUAAAGAUUAAGUAUUUCCUUGUGCAUUGGAUUCGUUCUUUUUCUUUUUACUCCUCUUGUAUGAAGUGAGCUCUUUUAUUUCACAGUGCUUUUUCCUUCAAAUGGUACAAUGUCUAAGUCUGUGGUGUUUAUAUAUGCAUUUUGAAAUAGUGUCAUGUCUGAUAGCCUGUUUUGGAAAGAAUUGGAGUGUAGCCAUGUUAGCAUACACUCGCAUACACAAAAAUAUCUGUACAAGCAUUCAUGCUAACAGUUAUAUAAUGAGUAAUUCUAACAGAACCUCCAGGCAGAAUGCCCCUGCUAUGAUCAAUGCACAUUUAUAAUUGGAAAUACUCUACUGAUCAUGCAGAGGACGCACACACACUUUCUCAUUAAUUUAAAGAGCCACACAAACAUGGAUGAGCAAAAUGCUCCCUGUGUAGCAAAAGAAAGAGGCUCUGACAAAAAAAAAAACCCAGCAGCACCUGUUUGUAUGUCAAAUAACUCAUUUCUAUUUCAAAGCUGGCGGCAUCUGAUUGGUUAUUGUGUUGUCUUUGAAUGCAAGCUCUUCCUUUUGAAGCUGCAUGGCUCUGUCAGCCAUAAAACCUUUAUAGAGGCAAAGUGAGGCUUUAAUGUGAGCAAAUGGACAGUGUACUUAGUAUGUGCAGUAAACCUCACUUUCUGCUCUAAUGCAGCCAUGAGGAUCAGCAUGUCCAAACAAACAUCUCUUGUCUUUUUCAGCAUUUCUCUUCAAGGGCAGACCUUGUGCUUUUAUUAUUCGGAUUGAGACUUCAGCAAUAUGCAUGUAUUACAGUUGACUGCCAUUACGUUCACACUCAGAUAUGUCAUCACAAUGACCUUGUCUCAAUGACUUUGUUUGCUAACUGAUCAUCUGCUAUGUUUAGCCAUGCUGGAGUAUACUGUGCGGUUUAAACCCAUUAGUGUUGUAAGACAGCACCCCCUCUUGGUGAUGAUUUAGCAAAUCUCCACACUCUUGCCUUAUGAUGGCAUAUUCAGCUUAAGUUCCCUUUGCCUCAAGUUCCUCAAUUAAUUAAUAUACAUAUUUGAUGACAUCAGUGUUUAUCGGGUGUUCUUAGAACCAUAAAAACAAUUAGUUACGUAUGCAACUAGCAUUCUAUUUCACCCCUCUUAACUGGCAGGGGUGGUGAGAAUCACUUGGGUGACCUAUGUCUAUGUCAUGAAGAACUGGCCCACACUAGGACUUACUGGAAAAGUGUUCAUGACUGCCACACUCAGGCCAAUAGGAGGGGUGAUGGGGUAACUUUGUAGAACCUGGAGAUGGUGCACAGUGAUGCCCAAGUAGCAACAGCACAGACUUUCUGGAACACUUCUAAGUAAUGCCCAUAAGGCAGAGAUGCUCCUCUUAGAGUGACAUGUCAUGGUAGAGGCUGGGUAUCUGGCCAAGGUUUGUGGGCCAAGGUUAAGACAUCCACCACACAGUGGGCCAGUCUCUGUUUAGACAGUGGAGCUCCUCAUGUCUUCUAUCUAUGGCAGAUGAUCUGAUGAUUGGAUCUUUGCCCUCUGGUCCAAAUAUUACCAUAGGGCAAGUACUGGGCAUAACAAGGAAUGGUGGAUAAGCUGAUCAGGUUCCCCUUCCUGGAAUGCUACAGGGUCAAUUGGUUAACAAAAGUAGAUACUGUAUAUGAAUUUAGGCAGAUACCCCUGGUGUAGAGGUCCACCUGUGUCCUGCCAAACUUUUCCUAGAUCUGGGACACCAUUUCUGAAUGUCAGUUUCUUGGGUGUAUGCACUGUCUUGACAGCACAUCCUGAUGGGCCCAUCUGUGGAGGUUUCUUGCAAGGCAGAGAUAAGCAUCCUACCUUGUGCUGCCCUAGUGAUUUAUUUUUAUUUGUCUGAAUGGGCCAGCACAGCAUGGUAUCUCAGAACUAGUAAGAAGAAUUUGAGAGCUAGAGAGACCACUCUGAUUGCAUGACAAUGUCUGCCACAUGUUGGGGUGACUGAGUAGCUCGUGUUCUCAAUUAAUCUAGCAUCAACCAAUGAAUUGUUUGGCCUGCUUUGAUAUUAGGGGGCUUUUUUACAAGUUCACUGUGAGACUGAGCACCGUAAUAUGUGCAAAGAGGGUAGACAUGUCCCAAAUGACUUGCUCCUUGAUGGGGGUGCAUAGGAACCAGUCAUCUAGUAGUAUCUAGUAGUAUCUUAUGUCUAUGGUCAUCAGAGGUGACAGGGCUGCAUGCAUACAUCUUGAGAACACCCCUGCUGCUAGAGAGAGGCCAAAGUGUAGGACUAUUUUGAAUUAGAAUGGCUUCCUUUGGAAGGAAAUCCUCAAAAAAGCAUUAGUGCAGAUCCGCUGACAUGAACCAGUCUUGUGACAGCAUAAAUAACUGAAUAAUCUGAUGGCUGAAACUGGAGGGCUUUUAGGAACCAGUUCAGCCCUUUCAAAUCUAAAAUUGGACGACAACCGCAAUCCUUAUUCAGAAGUAGGAAGUAUGUUGAGUAGAAGAACCCAUUCUUCUGAAUAGCAAGGUCUAUUCUUUCAAUUGAGCCUCUAUCCAACAGGAAACUAGCCUCUUGGAGUGGCAGACUUAGUGGGUGUAAAAUUUGAAAGGCCCUGAACCCAAAAAGCUUGGGGACUGACAAUGGAACAUUAUUAUCAGACUGCACUGUUUUGAUGUAGUUUCUGGCCAAUGAGCAAUGUUUUCAGCUGUAGAGUGUAAAACAUAUAUGGUGCCCGUCUGUUUGGCUCUGCUUGUUUCUAGUUUCUGAAACCUCUGCCCUUACGUCCAGGGUUUCUUUGGCCUCAGGUGCAAAGAGCAACUCUGGCACACAGGAUAGGUUUCACACGGGUGAUUUACACACCCCUACAGUAUGGAUUGUGCUAACCAAACUUGGCGUCAUUCAUAAACCAGAUCACCAGAUCAAAUCUGCAUCCUGGUCUAAGUGUUUCAGUGACAGGAGCGAGAUUUCAAAUAGCCCCAAAUGCAAAAAGCAAAAUAGGGGCUCCCGAGCGGUGCAACAGAAAAGCAUAUGCCUUAUUGUCAGGAGAUUGUGAGUUUGUAUACUGACACAACCACAGUUAUCUGUGGUAAAAUUGGCUAUAGUCUCUGGGUGUGAGGAAUGGCAUACUCUCUCUCGCCUGUCAAUCACAGCAACACAUAACUAUUUUCUUGUGGCAAAUUAGCAGAGAAUUGCCAACCUUUUAUCUCUGUUAAAAGAGAUCCCCUCAGGAUUGAGACAGUACCUCUUUAAAAGCGUGCUGUCAUCAGAUUUCUCAAAUGUUAUAAUUUGUUUGCAAUGUGGAUGUCAACAUCAGACAUUUAGAACUGUUUAUGAUUUGGUCUUGGUAACAUAGGAGUCCUGAUUUUACAGUGUCUAAAGUAUGGGAGUAUGAGUAUGGUUACGUGCGUGUGAUGCUGGGAUGAACCAGUAACUGACCCCUCCCAAAGACUCGGGAGUGGUUGCUAGGCAAUUAGAGUACUCCAAUCAUCAUCAUGCUCAGAUGAGUGCUCACUCUCUACAGAGAGCACACACACACUCACACACAUGCUCUGCAGUCAGCUUGCUACUCAGUGGGACCUUGGAGCAAAGAACAGGACUCUGGGCAUCUUUCUCUCACUCUCGUGCACGCACACACACGCGCAAACACACACACACACACAUCCUGUUGUCUGUUUGAUACACGUCCACCCUUAGGAGCUCUCUCAGAAAUAUAUGCUUCAGUGCAGGGGAAGGCAAAGAGAACUUGUACUUUAAUGCACAGGUUCACUUUGUGAUUGGAACUGAGAGCAGGAAAGGAUGCAGAGAGAGAGCAACAGCAGGGGACGUCUCCGAAUCCCUGCACUUAUGGGGUUUACUCUGUUGUAGAAGUAUCGUCAGUGCAUGGCUGGUCUCCUGGCCCCUCCCUAUGGUGUUAUGGAGAGUGGGCCCAGUGCUGACAGAAUGCCUGACAAAGAGAAUCUGGGUAACUCCCUAGGAUCAAUGACCAGACACCUGAAUAAGAAAUCAUUUAUUGAAAACAUUGCCCAUCUUCACCCCAAAACCAUGAUACAGGUUCCAUCUGAGAAGAUCAUGCGUGCAGGUAAAGUGCUAAGGAACGCCAUCCUCACCCAAGCACCUCACAUGAUCCGAGACAGGAAGUACCACCUAAAGACUUACAAGCGGUGUUGUGUAGGCACAGAGCUGGUUGACUGGCAGAUGCAGCAGAGUUCCUGUGUGCAUACGCGGGUUCAGGCUGUUGGCAUGUGGCAGGUGUUGCUGGAGGAAGGAGUACUCAACCACGUUGAUCAGGAGCUGAAUUUCCAGGAUAAGUACCUGUUCUAUCGCUUCCUGGAUGAUGAGCAGGAUGAUGCGCCACUCCCCAGUGAAGAGGAGAAGAAAGAGAGUGAAGAGGAACUGCAGGACACCCUCCUCUUCCUGUCUCAGAUGGGCCCUGACGCCCACAUGCGCAUGAUCCUUCGAAAACAGCCUGGCCAGAGGACAGUAGAUGAUUUAGAGAUUAUUUAUGAGGAACUGCUACAUAUAAAAGCCUUAUCUCACCUUUCUACAACAGUUAAAAGGGAGUUAGCAGGCGUCCUCAUUUUUGAGUCUCAUGCAAAAGCAGGAACAGUAUUGUUUAAUCAGGGAGAGGAAGGAACAUCAUGGUACAUCAUCCUAAAGGGUUCAGUUAAUGUGGUCAUUUAUGGCAAGGGUGUGGUUUGCACACUGCAUGAGGGGGAUGAUUUUGGGAAGCUCGCUCUAGUAAAUGAUGCACCGCGUGCAGCCUCCAUCGUCCUGCGAGAGGACAACUGCCACUUCCUGAGGGUGGACAAAGAGGAUUUUAACAGAAUCCUCAGGGAUGUAGAGGCAAAUACAGUGCGUUUGAAGGAACAUGAAGCAGAUGUUUUAGUUCUUGAAAAGAGCAACAUCAGAAGCUCCAGCCAUGCAGGCUCCUCACCACUCAAGUACACUGUGAUGUCUGGAACUCCAGAGAAGAUUCUCGAACACUUCCUAGAGACCAUGAAACUAGAUUCCAAGUUUACAGAGUCAGGUACUUUCAUCACAAAUCCAGCGUUGGAUGACUUUGUGCUUAUGCACUGUGUAUUUAUUCCCAAUAAGCAACUGUGUCCACUCCUCAUGGCCCACUACCAGGCGCAGGCGUCUCAGGGCAGUGAUCAGGAGAGGCUGGACUAUGCUCUGAACAACAAGCGCAGAGUCAUUCGUCUGGUGCUGCAGUGGGCUGCCAUUAACACCCCCCACCUGCAGGAGGAGGAGAGCUCUCUGGCCUUCCUCCAGGAUUUUUACAUGUCAGUAUCUGAAGAUGCUAAACUUAUUCCCGCACUCAAAGAUCAGCUCCCUGAGCUGGAAUCUGUCCUCAAACAGAAUUCCGAUGAUGCGAAUCCCUCUCAGAAAAAGCAUAAAGUGCUCCUUCGCCAGUUCAGCAUGGGAGAUGAGAAACUGCAAAAACGGCAGCCAAUCAAAAGCACAGAUGAGAUUCUGUUUAAGGUGUACUGUAGCGACCACACUUACACCACCAUCCGAGUGCCUGUGUCUGCCUCUGUCAGAGAGGUUGUGUCUGCAGUAUCAGAUAAACUGGGCUCACAAGACGACCUUCUCCUGGUUCACCUUAGCUCAGCUGGUGAUAAAGUGGUGCUGAAGCCCAAUGAAGUAUCCAUCUUCUCCUCCCUCAGUAUUAAUGGUCGUCUGUUUGUCUGCUCCAGGGAACAGAUUAACUCUUUGACUCCACUACCAGAGCAAGAGGGACCGUCUGCUGGCUCCAUGUCCACCCUUGAGCUAAUGAGCUCCAAAGAGGUGGCCUACCAGAUGACCCUUUAUGAAUGGGAACUCUUCAACUGUGUGCAUGAGCACGAGUUGAUUUACCACACGUUUGGCCGGCAGCACUUUAAAAAGGCGACGGCAAAUCUAGAUCUCUUUCUACGCCGGUUCAAUGAGAUCCAGCUGUGGGUGGUGACAGAGGUGUGCCUCUGCUCCACCCUUAGCAAACGUGUCCAGCUGCUCAAGAAAUUCAUCAAGAUUGCUGCCCACUGUAAAGAGUUUAGGAAUCUGAACUCGUUCUUUGCUAUUAUUAUGGGAUUAAGUAAUCCAGCAGUCAGCCGACUAAGUCAGACAUGGGAGAAACUACCCAGCAAGUUUAAGAAGGUUUAUGCAGAGUAUGAAAACUUGAUGGACCCCUCUAGGAACCACAGAGCAUACCGCCUCACUGUGGCUAAGCUGGACCCUCCCAUCAUCCCCUUCAUGCCUUUACUGAUUAAAGAUAUGACAUUUACUCAUGAGGGCAACAAGACUUUUGUUGACAGUUUGGUGAACUUUGAGAAAAUGCGAAUGAUUGCCAACACAGUCCGGAUAAUAAGAUACUGCAGAAGUCAGCCCUUCAACCAUGAAGCUCCUCAAGCUACCAAGAACCACCAGGAUGUUCGGCUCUAUGUGCGACAAAUCAGUGUGAUUGACAACCAACGUACUCUGUCCCAACUUUCUCACAAGCUGGAGCCCCGACGCCCCUGAGCCCUGCUCAUCAAAGAACUACCCAUGCUGCUUCACUCCUUCCAGUGAAUAAGCUAGCUUUAUACACUCACUGCCCACUUUACUAGGAAAAGCUGUGCACCUGCUCAUUCACAAUUAUCCAAUCAGCCAGUCAUGUGGCAGCAGACAAUGCAUAAAACCAUACAGAUGAACGUUAUGCAUUGCACUGCUGCCACAUGAGUGGUUAGAUUGCAUGACUGAACAAGUGCACUAUUAUUCCUUUUAAAGCGGCCAGUGAGUAUAUAUGACAAGCCUACAGAGCUCUUCCUUCCAUGAUCAGCGGAAACCGCAAGCAUACCCACACUGAAAUUAUAUGUGCCAUUUGUAGGACGCCGUUUUCAUUUUAAUGCAUAAGGAAUUAUCCGAGACAAUCUUUUGCAGUUUUUUGUACCUUUAUGUACAUAGUAUAUUUUUCUGACAUGCUGAGGUGUUGUCCUAUAAUUGUUUUCGGAUUCAUCAAAAAUGUUAGAAGACUGGACUGUCUACUAAAACCUAAAAGGUUUUAAGGAGGAAUCUGGAGCAAUUAUCUGUUUAUUACUUGUACUGUUCUGUUUGGUGGAGUGUCAGUGAGCUUGUUGAAUUGCAGAUGAUCUCGUGAUGAACGUUGCACAAGGUGUGUUCUAUUAUUUUUGCACACAAGUUGUUUUGAAUGAUUGGGGUUUGUUGAUGUUGUGCAUCUGAUGUAAUAUUAAGUGUUACUUCAUUUGCACCUCAGCAUGAAAUUAGUUCAGCAUUAAACUGAGGGACCCCAAACAUAUUUUAGAAGUCUGUGUGUAAGCUCUGUUCAAACUUUUAACUGUUAUAUGUGGACUGCACUGUGUAAAUAAUUGGAGUGUUUACUGAGGGAUGUAUGCAUUUUGUAAAUAUUUGAAGUCUAUUAAAAGAAGGCCUAUUCGCCGAUCUGAA